AUGAGGACUGCGUCCCUCCCGCUCGAGUCUCUGCUUAUUGUCAAGCAUCCUCUUCAGAGACUGCAUUCUCCCUCUCGCGGGUUUUCUGCGGUUUUACAUUUAGCUGCACUCUCGAGCUUCGCUUUUUCGUUCAAAUACAUCAUCGACCACCCGAAUUUAGCGAGCGAGGCAUACGGAUGGCAUUUCCAAUAUUUGACCAUCAUCGGCCUUUGCAUGGCUACACUCACAAACCUGGUGGGUCUGGCUGCAGACGUAUUUUUGUCAAUACGCCUGUUUGCUGUCAAGAACGUUCUCCUGGUGUGUAGCGCACCAAUGGAAGUGUUGAUCAGUGUUUUAUAUUGGGGCUUGAAAAUCAUUGAUGCUAAGCUUGUAAGGCCCGAUUGGGUGGAGCUAUCUACGGAGGCUGAUAUUGGAUUCCAUGCCAUUCCAGCCAUAGUGUUGGCCAUCGAUCUACUGUACCUUUCGCCCCCUUGGUCUAUAGGGGCUAUCCCAUCUAUGGGAUUGGCUAGCGUCAUCGCGUUUGGCUACUGGUUUUGGGUGGAGAAGUGCUACCAGUACAACGGCUGGUACCCUUAUCCGAUUUUCGAAAUGCUCACUACUGGCUGGCGAAUCAAUCUUUUUUUGUUCAGUGCUAUCCUGAUGACCAUAAACACUCUGUUAUUGAAACACAUUUAUGGUCGGAUUAAUGGCUUCCUCCAUCCCAUUUCAGACACACAUCCAGAAGAUUUGAAAAAGGCUUAA